AAUGACAACUGUUCAUGCUGUCUGCAAUCUCCUCUGCUUACUAUCACUAUCACUGCUGACUCAUUAUACAACAUUACAAAUCUAGUGUCAGAUAUUGCUCUGCGCGUGUCGUUUGCAGCUACUUGGAAUGCGGUGAUUGUGGUGAAAGACGCCGAUCAUUUCUUGGAGUCGCAAGGUUUAAGACAUAGGGAUCACGUCAACACUAUUCUCCGUCAAUUUGAGUCGGAUGAUUCCAUCUCCUUCUGGGUAUCAAGUACCUGCAACGAAGAACUCCUGACACGAUUUUCGGCUGUUGUCAAUUUCCCUGAACUGGACGCUGCAGCUCGACGUCGUCUUUGGCUCAACCACUUCGGCUUGAAUAAUCCCGCUGCAAUUAUGUGGAACAACGAGCACACACUCAUAGGCUCCUCUAUCGCGGAUCAGAAGGAGAUGGAUCAUUCAUUACUUCUUCGCGAUAUCGAGAAACUCUCACGGCAUCAGUUAGAUGGGAGGAUGAUUGACAAUAUUGUGCGGUCCGCAUGAGCACUAGCUGCCUCGAAGUAAGUUCUCUGCACAUGUUAUCGGGCGCACACUAAUGGCUGUUUUACCGCGACAGCGGGGAUCAUCUAUCCAUCCACCACAUCAAAGUGGUCAUGAAAGCACAGUGAUUGGAUAAUCUUCCUUUGUGGCGGAAGCUGACCAGAAUUUUGACACGUCCAGCAAAGGUUCU